UAUAAAAACCUCCAUUGCAGAUAUCCCAGGUCAGACAUCUGCAAGGAUGGCUAUCGUUAUGGUUUUCUGGAUGGUUAUUCUGAUCUUUGAUUGUGCCUCAGCUUCUCAAGAGAACUUAUCCAGACAACAGAAACGACACGCGUGGCAGGGAAACCCACAGCCACCAGCUUGGAAUGAGAAUUGGGAACUCCCAAGACCUCCAUCUCCCAUUUCAGAGGACUGGAAUUUUCCUCGGCCCCCAUCAGCCUUAAUUCCAGAUGUACCACAGCCUCCAUCUUGGCCAGAAAUCCCAAGACCCCCGGGAGGUUACAAUCAUCCUGGUCAUAUUAAGGACAGACCUAGCCUUCCAGGAACAGAUCAAGGCAACGGUAUUCAUCCACCAACUGAUCCUAGAGGACCAAUCAUCUAUCGAUGAAAACGAAGAGGGUGCGGAUGUCCAUGGAAUUAAAAAAUAACAUUCAACUAAUAAAAUGCUUGAAAAGCACCAAUUAUAGAAAAUAUUUCCUUUGUUUUGUUAAGGAUUUCUUUGAGGGAUUUGUCUUUACCAUGUAUAUGAAUUCUAAAAUACAUGUAUAGUCUGUCCUAAGGUAUCUAUGCAGU